CGCUCCGCUCCAGUCUGGUAAGGAGCUUCAUCUCCAAAUAGGAUGACCGUCGGCUUUUGUGGAAGGUACUGCGCUCGUGCUCCGUAGCUAGUUCUGGGACACCCGGUUCGCUUCCGUCCGUUCAGCUCACACCUUGGGUUGCGGGAAAAAGCCAGAAGCGUCGGUGGGUUGUUAUUUCUUCUCUAGUGUGGAUUUCCGAUGGAUAUUCCGAUCUGAAGAGGUGUGAUUUGAGCGCGGCAUGUAACAGAAAGAGGCGCAGGAGAAAAGUAGCGCUCGUAUUGUUGUUGUGAAUCGUCUGAACUGCUUUCAAGAGCCGCGUCUCAUGGAUUACUAACGGACAGAGCAUCUACUAUACCGAGGUGGAUCCAUUCAUGAGCUGAAAGGCUGAGGAAAAAUCUGUAGCAGAGGACCGGCAGCAGCGGCAGCAGCAGUGUUGGUGCGACCAUGAGGUCAGAGGCCUUGUUACUCUACUUCACGCUACUGCAAAUAGCCGGGGCGGGCUUCCCCGAAGACAGCGAGCCCAUUAGCAUCUCACACGGCAACUACACAAAGCAGUAUCCAGCAUUUGUAGGCCACAAACCUGGCAGGAACAACACACAGCGGCACCGACUGGACAUCCAGCUCAUCAUGAUCAUGAACAGGACGAUAUACAUCGCUGCCAGGGAUCACAUAUACACGGUGGAGACUGACACUGCCAACGGUGACGAGAUCUUUUUCAGUAAGAAAAUGACAUGGAAGUCCAGACAGGCAGACGUGGACACUUGCAGAAUGAAAGGAAAACACAAGGACGAGUGUCACAAUUUCAUCAAAGUUCUCUUGCAGCAAAAUGAUGACACUUUGUUUGUUUGUGGAACAAAUGCUUUCAACCCCUCCUGCCGAACGUACAAGUUGGACACCUUGGAGGCUCUGGGAGAGGAGAUCAGUGGGAUGGCCCGCUGUCCAUACGACGCCAAGCAUGCCAACGUUGCCCUCUUCGCUGGUGGCAAGCUGUACUCGGCCACCGUCACAGACUUCCUGGCGAUCGACGCGGUCAUCUAUCGCAGCCUGGGAGACAGCCCGACUCUGCGAACUGUCAAACACGACUCCAAGUGGCUGAAAGAGCCUUACUUUAUCCAGGCAGUCGAUUAUGGGGACUUCAUCUACUUCUUCUAUCGGGAAAUUGCAAUGGAGUACAACACGAUGGGAAAGGUGGUGUUUCCUCGAGUGGCCCGGGUCUGUAAGAACGACAGAGGGGGCUCACCUCGGGUCCUGGAGAAGCAGUGGACCUCCUUCAUGAAGUCCAGGAUGAACUGCUCCAUACCCGGCGACUCCCACUUCUACUUCAACAUCCUGCAGGCCGUGACGGACGUCAUCCACAUCAACGGGCGGGACGUGGUGAUGGCAACCUUCUCCACACCGUACAACAGCAUUCCAGGCUCGGCGGUGUGCGCCUACGACAUGGAGGAGGUGGCCAACACGUUCACCGGGCGUUUCAAAGAGCAGAAAUCCUCCGAUUCUACCUGGACGCCCUUUCCUGAGGAUAAGGUUCCCAAGCCAAGACCUGGCAACUGCGCCGGCACUUCAUCCAUGGAGAGGUACAAAGUAUCCAACGAGUUCCCCGACGACACACUCAACUUCAUCAAGAUGCACCCGCUGAUGGACGAGGCCGUGCCCUCCAUCGCUAAUAGGCCCUGGUUCCUCAAGACCAUGGUCCGGUAUCGUCUGACGCGCAUUGUCGUGGACGGUGAGGCGGGUCCCCACAAGAACAACACGGUGGUCUUCCUGGGAUCGGAGAAAGGCAUCAUCCUCAAGUUCCUGGCCAAGGUGAACGAUGGCUUUCUCAACGAUAGCCUGUUCCUGGAGGAGCUCAACGUCUACAACCCGGACAAGUGCAGUAUAGACGGUGUGGACGACAAGCGGAUCAUCGGCAUGCUGAUAGACAGCAAGAGUCAUUCUCUGUGGGUUGCGUUCACCUCCUGUGUGGUGAAAGUGCCACUGUCUCGCUGCGAAAGACAUGGAAGAUGCAAGAAGUCCUGUAUAGCCUCCAGGGACCCGUACUGUGGUUGGGUGUCAGAGGGAGCCUGCAGACAGGUGGUUGGCAACAUAAAAUCAGCCUUUGAGCAGGACGUGGAACAUGGCAACACAGAUGGCCUGGGAGACUGCCAAAAUACCUUUGUGGCACUCAACGGCCACCAUCACCACCAUCACCACACCCUCACACUCCCCACCUCGGCCCUACCUGAGGCCGCCGAGGGCCCCCUGGGGCGGGGCCGCAUGGUGGAGCGGAAGGACCCCCCCAUGAGCUCAGACAAAGGGGAGGACCCCUACAUGGCCGUGCCCUCUCAGACCCAGCCUGAAGCCAAUGGUGUGAUCCGUGAGAGCUACCAGAAGGGUCGUGACCAGCUGGUCCCCGUGACCUUGUUGGCCAUCGCUGUCAUCCUCGCAUUUGCCAUGGGCGCCAUCUUCUCCGGCAUCAUUGUCUACUGUGUCUGCGACCACAGGCGGCGAGACAUCGACCUAACAGGCCGCAAAGAAAAGGACAGCCACCACCUCCACUCCCGCCGGGGAUCAAUGAACAGUGUGACUAAGCUGACGGGCCUGUUUGAGACCCAGGCCAAAGACGGGCGCCCCGAGGCCAUCCUCACCCCUUUGAUGCACAACGGGAGAAUGACACCGAACGGGAAGAUGCUGAUAAAAGCGGACCAGCACCACCUGGACCUCACUGCCCUGCCGACGCCGGAGUCCACCCCCAUGCAGCCACGUCGCAAGCCCGGUCGUGGAAGCCGUGAGUGGGAAAGAAACCAGAACCUCAUUAACGCCUGCACCAAGGACAUGCCACACAUGGGCACCCCGGUUAUAUCCACGGACCUGCCUCUGAGGGCGUCACCAGGUCACAUCCCCAGUGUGGUGGUGCUGCCCCUGCCACAGCAUCAGCACCAGCUCCAGCCUCACCUGCAGCCACACCAGCACUCCUACCAGCACGAGUAUGUGGAGCAGCCCCACCACAGUGACAUGAGCAUGGGCCACAGUGUCAUGGACGACCAGGGGGCCACCCUGGAGUACAAGACAGUGAAGAGCCCAUGUCACAACCUCAACAUGGUGGAUCCAGAUGGGGUGCUGCCGCCCCGCGUGCCCCAAAGAGAGGCUUCCCUCACCAUCCCCCCCGCCGUGCCACAGAUGGGCAAACGUCUGGAGGUGCACUCGUCAGUCUACGGUCUCCGGAAAGGGUCAGCGUCCGCUGCGUCCGGGUCCUCCGCCCUCAAGAGGCACAACACCAACUCCUCCAACUCCUCCCACUUGGCGAGACAUCACAGCUUCAACCGCGUGGAGACGCCGCCGCCCGCACCUCAGAGGGUGGACUCCAUACAAAUGACAGCACAGGGAAUAUCUCUGUCACGGCAGCCUGGGAUGAGCUCCUAUGGUUCACUGCCUCGAACGGGCAUCAAGUAUCUCAAGCCUGAUGUCCCUCCCAAACCCUCGGUAGUCUCUCUCUCAACAAAAGUCAAGUCCAGUGACUCCUGCACAUAGUCAGCUUCUCCGCCAGUCAGUCCGAUGGGAACAAACAGUAGAUAAAAGGUUUUUCUGAGAGAGAAAAAGACAGGGAAUACUGUACAACUUGCAUCUCCUUUUAGUGUUUUAUUUUUGGUUUGUUUUUUGGUGAAAUAUACAACACAUUUUUGUUCUUUUGUUUUUUAAAGAAAGACUUUCUUUUUAUAUAAAUAUGUAAAUAUUAUACAAAUGGUUGUCGUCAUUUGUUGCCGUCACAGAGCUCAAGCUCUGGCUGGCUCCCAGUUCCUCUGUUAACACACGUGGGAACAUGUGCUACUGAAACAGAAGAUGACGUUCGUCCUGAAUAUUUCAUCCGACGGCACCCUGUAGCAUCCAAGACUUGUGGUUCUCUUUUUUUGUGGUGUCUUUGGCCGCCGGGACGCGACACGAGAAGACAGCGCGGGGAGAUGGGAGAAUGAUGGUUGUACAGUACCUUGAGGACUGGGGGAGUCUGAGUGUGCGGGCACUCGGAGGGACUGAAAGGACAGACAGCUGCCUGAGGUCUGUGGCAAACUGUGAAAAGCCUCUCAGUGUUACAGCAAUCAAGUCCUGCCCGGGUUCCACAGGAAGCCCGGGCCAGAAGAAUCCUCUACUGUGCUGGUUACUGAAUAACACAUGACUGUUAAUACUAAUAGCUUGUUGUAUUUAUUUUUAUUAAGUGCUUUUGAAAAAAACAAUGACUGACUUUCUAGGCUCGGAGAGAGACGGGAGAGAGGAGAGAUCUUUUAAUAACAAUUAAUCAAGUGUGAGAAAGAAAAAAAAAAACCUUAUUUAAAGUCAUUAAACUGGAGCCAGUAGAACUUUCUUGUUGACUAAUGGUCCACUAGGUCUGACUGGGUGCUCAGUGGGACCUGCAGCUUGACAUAUAUGUGAAGAGGAGGAGAUAUUUAUUUAAAAACCGUGCCAGACAGGGACAUUUAACUUCAUGGACCAGAGUUUCCAUCGUUUUAAACCAAUCAUAAGAAGAAAAAAAGAACUUCCUGAAUCUCACCAUGUCACUCCUCCAAUGAGCAACCCCCCCCCCCCCCCCCUCAAUCAGCACUGUGGUUUUGUGUGAGUCGGUAACGUUUGUCCUGAUUGGUUUUCUGGCUUAAAGCUCACUGUUGCAUGUUGCAAAUAUAAAAUAACAGCUGCAGCAACAGACCUGGGAUCUGCAUCCACACAUGAGAAAAGAAGCUGAGGGUGAUCGGUACAUCCUCGUCUCUUCUACCGGUGUCACACACACACACACACGGGCGGGCGAAGGAGGAGAGUAUCAAAACAUCUGUGUUGCCUGCUUCUUUUUCCACAUGUAAAUUUGUGCCUUACACCCUAAAGUAGUGACAAUGUUUUCUUUACUAGCUGUUAACUUUGUCUCCUUGUAGUAUUUUUUAUUUUUCUUACGUCAUGAUAUUUCCCUGGUUUGAUAAAAAUGCAAUUAAAGAAUGUAGGUGUUAUUGUUGUAAUUCUGGUCCCUAGACAUAACACACGUACAGUUCAGAGGGCGGAGCGGGGGGGGGGAGGAUUCGCUCUCUUCUUUCACUCGUCCUUUCUGACGCACACACUCAAACACACGCAAAUACACACACACACACGCAUACACACUCAUCUUUGUGGUUCAUUUCUGAUUGUGCCAUUAAUGCGCUUAAAAAAAAAACCUUUAUGUUGUGCUGGCAGUGUUGAUGAUGACGUCGUGAGUGUUCUUUCAUUUUCUAUUUUAUACAAUUUAAGAGUCCUGGUAUUUGUUUUGACUUUUGUUUUUUUCUUUCUGCUGUCUCUUUGUUUGGACUGACGGUUAAUUGACUGAUUAACCGAACAAUUAACAUUUGUUACUUGAGAAGGCAAAUGUACGUGCAUCUCUCCGGUGCACUGCAAUAAUGAUGCAACGACGACAUGAGAGCGGACGUACAGGAUGAGAUACUAACACACUGUUUGGCUUCUCGUGUGCAUCCUAACACUUAUUUGUCAGGCAGUUGCAAACGCAGGCUGGUUCCUGUGAAGAAGGUGGACAAACACUAUUAAAAAUGUUCAUCGUUUAACCCCCCUUUUCUAAAAAAGACAAAACACAUUUUGAGAAGAUUAGACAUGAUUUCAUUUUUGUGCUUCACUAACUCUCGUAUCAAAUGGCUGAGAGUUCAACUAAUCCGACCUUUAUCUUCCUUUCGCGUCCUUGACUUGAGCAUUUUUACUGCUCACCCCCCCACACUUAAAUCAACGGAGCACUCUCUUAGUCAUGUUUGUGUAGAUGCGCAAAAGUUUUCUUGAUAUCAAGCAAUUUUCCUGUUUCUCAACGUAAGGAAGCCAACUGCGUCUCGAUCCACAGCUACUGUGAGAACAGACAUGUGACCUGACUAACACUAACAUGUGUAGAUAAAUUCUCCUUUUAGAAACCCGGGGUCAAUUGAGACAGCUAUAGCCCUGAUUACUUCAAGUUAUGUAAUGAGGGCAAAUGACCCAGGAUUAGUAUGAAGGGGGGUGUUUACUUCAGACUUUUUAAAAUACCACUGCGUUGUCGACUGGUAACUGGGCGCUAUGACACCACAGUCGCACCCUCCAGUGUACCGAGGCAUGCAUGAACCAGCAACGUUCCCAGGCCUGACAUAAUGCUGAUCUACAGCUGAAUAUUUCUUGUCCAGAAAGAGUUCAGUUGUGUCGACUUCUCUCGCCUUGGAGAAUCUUCACGUCUGCACAAAAUGCGAGCAAGAGGAUCCGUCCGGGGUCAAAAGGUUUAGACGUCCACACCCUGUGCAGAGGAGCGAGUUCUCUGCGUAGCUGUCGGUGCAUUUCUGAUUCUAAAAGCAUUUCGAUGUCAGAGUGAAGUUCGGCCGUUUUCUUUCCUCCGACGGGAUCGGGUUGGGGUGUGGAGGCUGCUGUGGACAGUGAGGUUCUUUGGUGUGUGCCUUUUUUCGUCUUUCACCCUCGUUAUGAUUCACUUGCGAUUAGACGCAAAAUCGACUCUCUUCUCGACUUCUCGACCUUUUGAACUUUGUAAGCUUGUAAGAUAUUGUGAUGUCACAAAGUUUUUUGCCCUACUCUCUCCACUUCCUUAACAUCUGAUUCACAGCUUAAUGUAUGUUGUAAAGACAAAAAACUCUUUAAUUUAAUGCAAAAUGUAAUUAAAAAAAAUGAAAAUAAAAUUCAUGUCAUGAA